AAACGUCGCCAAUCAACGUCUUCAUUUAAGACAACACAAAACGAGCCUUAAAUUUUAAUGGACCAUAUUUUAAAUGCAACGCUUAGAGGACACUUUUGGCAAUUUACCUUUUAUGAUAUAUAUAUAAAUAGAAGUAGGUAAGUCGAAUUAGGACCAGUGACUAAUACGAACAUGUUGUAUAAUAAUGAUGUGUCGUAGCAUUUACCUGUCGAACUGAGAGGGCCGGAGAGAUCACCUGUCUUUGAACCUCUGUCCAUGAUAAAGGUGUCAUUUCUAACAGGACAAAGAACAUAAAAACUACGCUGCAGUUGUCGCGGAUGCUUGAAUUUUUUUCGGUUGUUCACAUGUGCAGGACUAUGGUUUUUCCAUAAGAAGCGAAAUGAGAACAUCUGUUUAAAAAUUCACGUGCCGCUGUGUCCGAAAUGGAUUUCCUAAAGCAGACUAGUUUGUUAUUUCUAUGCUUUUUAUGGAACAUUAACAUCUGUUCUGGAUUUCAUUUAUCGCCGCAAACUAAUACGAGGCAGGCAAGUCGCCGCUUAAUUUCACCCAGAUCUUCACAGCUAAGACUAAUACCAAACCAGUCGUCUUCACGACGGACAUAUGACAAUUCUAAGUCAGUUCUUCAGUCGUCUUCACGACAAUGGAAUUCCAGGAAAACCCCUGUCAAGGGGCCAUCAUCGAAGACAAGGGCAAGAUACGGUAAGGCAUUACUGUCCAAAAUACUCCCAAUGAGAAGGACAGUGCAAAAACCGGUGAUCAGAAGGAAAAUAGGAAAAUCAGUUGACAGAAUUGACACUUCAAAAAUGACACACGGUGUCAAAAACACAGACCAAGGCAUAAAAAAGCCUCCAGUUAAAGACAGGGACUACACAUUUCAUACUGUGUUCCUGGCAGACCUCUUGUGUGGAAUUUGUGACAGUUUGCAGGGAGAGUGGAGAACUAACUGUAGGGAACAAAGGUGUGCCCGUGCCGACAACAGCUGAAAUUGGU